AUGGAAUCGAUAUGGUUGUUACUGCUGUUGUCAGCUCACAUGAUGUCAGUGGGUGCACAGUUUAAUGGAUACAACUGCGAUGCCAGUCAACAUAGCAGAUUUCCAGCGGAAAGAGAUAUCAGCGUCUACUGUGGAGUGCAGACAAUUACAAUGAAGAUAAACUUUUGCACGGUUCUCUUUUCUGGUUAUUCAGAAACAGAUUUAUCACUUAAUGGAAAACAUGGAGACGCACAUUGCAGAGGGUUUAUAAACAACAACACAUUUCCUGCAGUGGUGAUUUUUACAAUCAAUCUGAGCACCUUAGAAUCCUGUGCAAAUAACCUAGUGGUGUCAACCGUACCUGGAUUAAAUGCAUAUGGGGAUGCUUCAAUGGUACAAAUAGGAAAUAUUUCUGGAUAUAUAGAUACACCAGACCCUCCAACCAUUAUUAGUUAUCUGCCGGGACUUUUAUACAAAUUUAGCUGCAGUUAUCCCCUGGAGUAUUUGGUAAACAACACUCAGUUGGCUUCAUCUUCGGCUGCUAUUUCUGUGAAAGAUGGCAAUGGUACAUUUAUCAGCACACUGAAUUUACUCCUCUAUAAUGAUUCAACCUACAGUCAGCAGUUGCUGAUACCAAGCACUGGAUUGCCAUUGAAAACAAAAAUAUAUGCAGCAGUGAGAGCAACCAACCUUGAUGGACGGUGGAAUGUUUUAAUGGACUACUGCUACACCACCCCUUCUGGAAAUCCAAAUGAUGACAUCAGAUAUGAUCUUUUUCUCAGCUGUGAUAAAGACCCACAGACAACAAUAUUUGAAAAUGGUAAAAGCCAGAUGGGAAGAUUUUCUUUUGAAGUUUUCCGAUUCGUCAAGCACAAGAACCAGAAAAUGUCCACAGUUUUCUUGCAUUGUGUUACAAAGCUGUGCCGAUCAGAUGACUGCCCUUUUCUUACACCUAGCUGCCACAACAGAGAAAAAAGAGAUGUACACACAAAGACUACAUUAGCACCCCAGGGUCUCUCUGGAAAUGCUGUUGUCUCUGCUGGGCCAAUCAUCACAAGAAGUGAUGAAACUCCAACAAACAACUCCCAGAUUGCUCAACCACAAAGCCCUCCGUUCCAAAUGAACUCGGUGACUAGUGCGCUCAUCUCAGGAGUAGUAAUUCUCGGUGUCACCAGCAUUGGUUUUUUCAUUAUUUCUCUUGUCCUCUUGAACAGAAGAAAGAAAAACAGCUUGGUUUUAUGUGGCGUACGAAAUCCAGCCUUUAACUAA